AUGGACCCGCAAAUCGAUCUCCCAGACCUGGUAGAAGACCUUGAAGUCGACAUUGACGAGCUCACCACCGCUCUCGAACCACUACUCUCGAAACCGCUCUCGACAACCGCAUCAUCGCUCCCCCUCCUCGACAAAGCCAAACUCUACUGUCUCGCUGCAUAUGCCAUUGAGUCGCUUCUCUUCGCCUCGCUCACUGCAUCCGGCGUCAAUGCAACCGAACACGCCAUCUUCAAAGAAAUCGCGCGUCUACGCCAGUAUAACAGCAAAAUCAAGGAAAUCGAGGAUCGCGGCAUAAAAGGAAGUGCAGAGGGGCGAGCGCGCCUCGAUGUCGCAGCUGCGGGGCGCUUCAUCAAGCAUGGGCUAUCAGGCAACGACAAGUACGAUUUAGAGAGGCAAGAGCGUAUGGCCAAGGAACGGGCGCGGGCACAUCUCAAGGCACAGCAAAUUAACAAGAAGUUUGACAACGAGGGAAAGGAGGUGCAGAAGGGGCAGAAUGUAACGCCCAAGAAGAGGGGAGCGGAGGAACAAGAAGAAGAGGAUGGCUCAGAUGAGCAAGUGCUCGAAGGAACGGAAGAAGAACCAGCAGUCAAAAAGGCGCGUGUGCAAGACGGAGCCGAAGCCGAUACACCGCAACCCAAGAAACGCGGUCGACCGUCUAAAAAAGAUAGAAAGGCCGAGGAAGCGCAGACUCGCACGACAAGGAAACGUAAUACGCGUCUUGCGAAUCAGGAGGCAGAAGAGAACCAAGAAGAAGAAGAACAAGCGCAAGAAGAAGGAGAUGACGAUGACGAUGAAGAAGUAGCAGAUCAAGCGCCAAAGACACGCAGCGAGACGUUUACUGCGUUGCUUGAUGGCUCGUUGAGUGAGAAGCACAAGCAGAAAAAGGCAAAAGGG